GCUUUUUGGGGGUUUUCUUUAAGCUUUCGGUUUUUAAUGUUUUAUUGCUUUGGUUGACAUUUCUGUGUUUAUGACCUGCAGGGCUUCUGCAGCUCCCUUGAGGCUGAACCAUCAUAUUUGCAUUGGAUACAAGCAGCUCUAAAACAUUAUUGAAUUUCUUCUUUAAACUCAUCGACUUGUUUUAUUGUUAUUGCAGUACGAAAAGCAUAAUUAUGGGUUUUUAGGCGCGUUGUUUCCUUUACGCACUUCCUUCCCGAGCAUCUGUCUCCCAAUCCAUCAAAUGCCCCCCACUGAAGGUUCUUAUCGGUCUUUGAUUUUAGGCGGUAUAAAAGAGCCGACCGGCUCUCCGGUCUGCAGACGAGGCAUCAUCUUUCUUCAAGGUGAACAUCUCAUCCCAUCCUCACAGGUACUUUUUAUUUUUGCUGUGCACGAGGAAUAUCUCGCAUGCAUUUCUAACAGAUUUUUCUCUUUUUUUACACCCCCCCCCAUCUUCUUGUUGCAGAAAUGUCCAGAAAAGUUAUUUUGGUCUUUGCGCUGUUGGUGGCGUUGAUCACCUCCGACUCUGCGGCCUCGCCUCAGAGCGCCGCGGCCGGGCAGGCGAAGGGAGCGGACGUCCUGCAGCGGCUCCUGGCCAAGAGGGAGGAAGCGAGGGAGGCGUCGGCGACCCGGGCGGAGAGACGGGCGCACCUGUCCGAAGACGAGCGGGAGAUAAUGACCAAGCAGGUCAUGCAAGCCAUCGCAGAGGUGAUGAACUCUGACUGCAUGCUGGGCCGCGACUACCAGGGCUGGGUGGACUUCGGACGCAGGGACGCAGAGGAGUGAAGGGGGGGACGGCGACUCAGUCCUGGUUUUUGUUCACGAUGUACAGAAAAAGUUCAGGCUUGAAAAUGUAUAAAUAAAGAUCUUUGCAGAACGAUCUCUGCGGUCUGGACUGAUUCCAUCUUCGCUGAAAGACCUUGGAUGAAAAUGUACGUUUGUUUCUUUAAUUCUCAGGUGGUAAAACACACACUGACACAGAGAUGGCAGACUACAGCGGAAAGCAGUGCAGAGAAACAGGAAUUUUGGCAUAUUUAAGUCAAAAACUAAUCACAACGUUGCGUUUAUGAUUUCUUCCCUUUUAAAUCCACAGUAUCCUAUGCCGUUUCUUUUUCUUUCUUUUUUGCUACAUUUGAUUGUUCUGAAUGUUCAAACAUUAAAAGACUGAAAAAUCAUUCUUAAUGCCCAGAAA